GUGGCACUCUAAAAGCUGUAAAUCAGUAACAUACAAUGCCUCAACGCUGCGGGGUGCCCCAUUUGUAUUCUGAAUGGGCUUGAGCGCCGUCCGGCUUCAAGUAGGCAAAGUCCUGUUAGCUUAUGGUGUUCCGUAUAGGCUAAAUAGCUUAUUAUCCAGUUCUCCGGCAUUCUGCGACCUUCGCUCCGGGAAUCUACUGAAUCGCGGGAAAGCACUCGCUGAGCUUGCAGAGGGCCGCAGCAUGGCUAGCUCCGUUGGUCGGUUUGGGUCCGACCCAGCGUACCAGGCCGCACUGGAAGCAGCUGCCCGGAGUUCAGUCCUGGCCGCAACCACAAGCCUGGGCUCGCUGUCCCUUGCGCCGCCUGCGGCUUCUAGUAGCAGCAGUGCUGCUCCUCAGGCUCAGUCCCUGGCCCCCAAACCGCUGCCUGCUGGGGCAGCUGCGGCGGCGCCCAGCAGCACAGCAUCCAUGUCAACCUCAGCUGGUGCUGAGGGACGCGCGGGUGUGGCCAAGAAGCCCUCUGCGCCUGAGCAUGCGCAGGCAGCCGGCGUGAAAGCCACGGGGAGACGCCACAAUGAGCCCAAGAGUGCAGCGGAUGUACCUGCAGGUGCCAGUAAGGAUAAGGGCGCGCCAGCAAGAAGCGGGCCUGCUGGCGGUGAAGCAGCAGCCGCCGCAGGCGGCAGCAACGGAGCUGGAGCUAAGGGCAAGGCGGCGGUGGCCAAGGAGGCUAUGCCGGGGAGAUACCCGGAGCACCUGGACCAGGCAGAGUUGCAGCGGGGCUUCAAGAGCGGGCAGAUCUUCCGCGGCAAGAUAAGGGUCAACGCCGGAGACCGGCGGGAGGCAUACUUCACCAUCCCGGGCCUUCCACACGACGUGCUGCUGCGCGGCGACGCCUGUCAGAACCGCUCUGUUGAGGGCGACGAGGUGGCUGUGGCGCUGCAGCCGCUGGCCGCCUGGUUCACAGUCAACAAGCUGGCAGCGCAGCUUCCGGUCGGCGCCAGCUCCAACGACGCGGUGUUGGCUGCGCUCAGAAGCUGCGGCGCCGACGUGUCUGACGACUCGCCCUGGCAGCGUUGCGGCAAUGCCGACGAAGUCAAGGCGCUGGUCACGAAGCUGUCGGUGGCGCGGCCGGAGCUGCGAAUCACAGGCAAAGUGGUGGCCAUCCUAACCCCGUCGCCCAAGCGCGAGCACGUGGUCGGGCUGCUGCAGCUGGGCGCGUCCGCGCCCGGCGUGGCGGCGCUGUCGGCGCAGCCGCUACCGGCGGCGGUGGCGGCGCUGCAGGCGGCGGGGUCGUCCAGCGGCUCCGCCUCCACGGUGCCCUCCUCCGCCGUGCCCACCUGCUACCUGAUGCCUCUGGACCCACGGCUACCGCGCUGCGUGGUGCGCCCCAGCGAGCUCAAGAACCUUCCCACGGCGCUGCUGGAGGAGCUGGUGGCGGGGCCGGACAAGGCGGAGAACAGGACGCUGAUGUCGGCGCGCAUUGCGGAGUGGAGCUCAUCGCACACCCAGCCCGCGGUGACGCUGAGAGCCAGUCUGGGCCAGGCCGGCGAGAUCGAGAGUGAGACCGCUGCGCUGCUGGAGAUGGAGGGCAUCCGCAGCGGCGACUUCGAGCCGGACGUGCUGGCCUGCCUGCCGCCCACGCCGUGGCGCAUCACGGAGCAGGACAUCGCCGCGCGCCGGGACUACAGGUCCACGCGCAUAUUCUCCAUUGACCCACCCACCGCCAAGGACCUGGACGACGCGCUGUCCAUCAGCCCGCUGCCGGGCGGCGGCUGGCGGGUGGGCGUGCACAUCGCCGACGUCGCGCACUUCAUCCCGCCAUUCAGUGCGCUGGACGUGGAGGCUGGCAAGCGCGCCACCAGCACCUACCUGGUGCAGCGGGUCAUCCCCAUGCUGCCGCCGCUGCUGUGCGAGGAGCUUUGCUCGCUCAACCCGGGCGUGGAGCGAUUCGCGUUUAGCGUGGAGUGGGAGCUGGACGCCAAGGGCGCCAUCAAGUCCACCUGGUUCGGCCGCAGCGUGAUCCGCUCCUGCGCCAAGCUGAGCUACCCGCUGGUACAGGCCAUGAUCGAGGGCCGCUUCGACCCCGCCACGUGCCCCGUGCAGCUGCAUGGCGGAGCCACUUGGGACGAGGUGGUGGGUGACAGUCUGGCGCUGUGGGGGCUGGCCAAGCAGAUGCGCGCGGCUCGUUUCGCGGGUGGCGCGCUUCGUUUGGACGGCGUGCGGCUGUUCUACCAGCUGGAUAAGGACGGCAACCCGCUGGCGGCGGCGCCGUACGUGCAGCAGGAGGCCAACCAGCUGGUGGAGGAGUUCAUGCUGCUGGCCAACAUGAGUGUGGCGGACUGCAUCGCCGACACAUUCAGGGACAGGGCCAUGCUGCGCCGUCACCCUCCUCCUAACGCCACCAAGCUCAAGGUGCUGCAGGAGGUGGCGGCGGCCGCGGGGCUGCCCGUCGACGUCUCCUCCGCCGCGUCCAUUCACAACGGACUCAACGAGCUGCGCCGCGCUGCCGCAGGGGCCCCCUCCGCUGCCCCCCAGCAACAGCAGCACGAGGAAGAGGGCGGUGACGACGACCGGGCGGUGGUGCGCAGCGGGCUGGCGGAGGCGGGCGUGCUGGGUGCGGACCUGGAGCGCAACCGGCGCACGGUAGAGCUGCUGGUGAUGCUGGCGACCCGGCCCAUGCAGCUGGCCGAGUACUUCUGUACCGGCCUGGUGGACGAGGAGGCGGCGUGGAGGCAUUACGCGCUGGCUGUGCGCGCCUACACGCAUUUCACGUCGCCCAUCCGCCGUUACCCAGACCUGGUGGUGCACCGCCUGCUGGCAGCGGCGCUGGAGGUGCGCGCCGGCCGGCUGAGUGUGGAGGAGGCGGCGCAGCGGCACCGCCUGCUGGAUACGCGGCUCGCAGGCAUGGUUGCGGAGCACUGCAACGACCGGCGGCUGGCGGCCCGCAACGCACAGGACGGCUCGCUGAAGCUGUACCUGUGCGUGCUGCUGCGGCGCCAGCCGGUGGUGACCAUGGGCACCGUGUCCUCGCUGGGCGGCGACCGCUACUUCGCACUGUACAUCUCCGAGUUCGGGCACGAGGUGCGGCUGGAGCUGGACGAGGCGGGCGUGCUGCUGCAGGCCAACUUCAACCCAGGCACCAAGGUACUCACGCUCACGCGCGGCGAAGCAGCCGGCAAGGAGCAGGGCAGCUGCGAAGGCAGCAAUGGCGGAAGCGGCGGCAUGGGCCGCCAGCGGAAGGGCUUUGCCUCUGGCGGCGGUGGGCGCGGGCGCGGCGGAGGCAACGGGCAUGGCGAAGGCGGACGGCAGCAGCAAGGCGGCGGGCAGGAGGCCAAGGAGGUGCCAGACCUCACCACCUGGGUGUCCUCGCUGGCGGCGCCGCCGCGCAAUCCGCAUCGGCUGAAGCCCGCGCGGCUGCCGCUGCACCUGAGCCUGUUCUCUGACCUGCCCGUGGUGCUCACGGCUGUGUCGGUGCCCGGCGAGCCGUCACAGCUGGUGGCGCGCAUGUACCUGCCGGAGGCGGAGGAGGCGGCUGCGGCCAUGGCAGCGGCAAAGGCGGCGGAGGCCGAGGCGGGGGCGGCCAAGCCUAAGAUCGACCUGGAGACGGCCGUGUCGCAAGCGCAAAUUGCUUGGGAGAAUCAGCUGAACGACUGAUAGAAAUUCUCGCACGCCCUUCGGUUUUGUGGACCGGUGAUGCAGGCAGACGUGUACGUGCAUGUGUACGUGGCCUUGCAUUGGCGUUAGGCGGAGGGGGCCAAACCGACAAGGGAAGGACAAGGCUGAAGGACUGAGGGUCCUUUCUUAGUUUGACAUGGACAUUACAGGAAGGGGAGCUGAGCCGAACCAAGCAGCUGCGGCAGCUUGCGAUGCCAGCACGAGUGCCGCCGUCAGUGGCGGCGUGGCGGCGGGUGUAGCAGCGGAUUGCACGAUGUAGGAUACUCCAUAUAUGACGGCGCGCACGUGCUAAAGCGCUUCAAUGCGGAAUAGGUUGGGGAUGGGCUUGAUGAACAGGGUGUGCAGAAAGUAGUCCUAAGCUUUUCUGAACAUGGGACGUUACACGUGGACGUUACAGGAGGGUGACCAGAUAGGCAAAAACAGAGCAGGCAGCAAGCAGCAAGCAAAGCCGCACCUCAAAACACAGGAGGAGGAAGAACCAGCAACGCAACCA